AUCUUUCCAUCUCUUACUGCUCUUGUAUAAAUGCCGCUUACUUUUCUACCAUCAACCUCCGCCGGAUAUUAUAGUUCCUGUUUCCAAUUAUUUUCCCCUUAAACUACACCUAUUAAAUCUUGUCUGAAUAAUGAUUAACAACUAUUCUGCGCGUUCUGACCAAUCCGUGUUUUUUUUUAAUCGGUAGACCUUGUCGAAAAAACUCUUGACUCCCCUGGGCACAUGAAACUGGACACCCGAGCGUUUGAGGCCCCUCUUUCCAUGCGGAGGAAUACAUUGUUGCUGCUCACAGUGUGGAUGGAGGUGGUCAAGAUGUCUACUAGAAGAAUGAAUUCACCUCAAUUGUAACAACAUAAAGGAAGUCGUGGCGCGGGAUUGUUUGGAUACAGACCUGCAACAUUGUAUUUAUGACGUUGGUGUUUUGUAGGAGGAUGUCAAAGGAGGAAUAACACACAUUGUUGCGCCUAUCAGCCUUAAAUGCGCCGUGCUUCAAAUUCUUUCAAGUUUUAUGGUUUUUCCCUACGAGAUUCAACCUUUCUUUUUACUGCUGGAUGUAAAACAACUGAUAAACAGAGAUGUUUGCACCCCCUGUGGCUAAUGGGAAGAACAGACCAACCACACUUGCUAGCAGUCAAUUUAGUGGUUCAGAACUAUGGAGAAGGCUCACACUACAAUGAACACGAUGGACUAUCUUCCCCAUUCCUUGGCACAGGAAUUAGUGGAAAGAAUGAAAGGGGUCCUUACUCUUCCUUUGGGGGCCAGCCAGGGUUCCUGCCCUCAGACAUCACCAUGCCUUCUGCAGAUGCCAUGUCUCCAUCCGGACUGAAGUCUGGCUCACAGUUUUACCAGUCAUACCCCAACAACCCCCGGAGACGCCCCUCAGAUGGAAGCAUGGAUCCCCAACCAAAAAAAAUCAGGAAGCCGCCAGGACUACCAUCUUCAGUUUAUGCCGCCACCUCUGGUGAUGACUAUAUCCGUGAUGGUGCUGCCUACCCAGGCUCCAAACCUGGCUCUGUGUACCCAGGAUCUUUUUACAUGCAAGAGGGCCUACACUCCUCUUCGGACCCCUGGGCCCCCUCUGGAUCCAUAGGCCAGUCGGGAUACACGGCUAUGCUGGGGAAUUCGCCACACAUCAGUCAGCCAGGCUCCUUCUCUGCGAUAAACCCACAAGACAGAAUGAACUAUCCCUUGCAUGGAGCGGACGUGAAUGGUUUCCAUUCGGGCUCCGCGGCUUAUAGCCACACAUCCUCCAUGAAUGGAUCCAACAGCAUUUUGGCAAGCAGAGGUUCAGUCACAAGCAGCUCAGGUGAUGAGAUCGGAAAAGCUCUUGCUUCGAUCUAUCCUUCGGACCACAACAGCAACAACUUCUCCACUCCUUCCACUCCUGUGGGCUCCCCUCAGGGCAUUGCAACAGGUGCAGCACAGUGGUCGAGAGCUUCUGGCCAGGCUGCUCUGUCUCCUAACUAUGAGGGUGGACUACAUGCACUGCAGAACAAAAUGGAAGACCGGCUGGAGGAGGCCAUUCAUGUGCUGCGAAGUCAUGCGGUGGGUCAGGCCCCGGGAAUUCCUGGAGCACAUGCUGACGUGCACGGCCUACUGGGUGCCGUCUCCACACCCAGUGGAUCUAUGGGGUGUCUCCCUCAGGCCUACUCCAACCCAGGACUGCCCCUGAGCAACAGACACCCUGCCAUGACUGGAAGCCAUCAUGAUGACCAUGCCUGCCUUCCUCCCAGCAGCACCCUGUUGCAGUCCGCUCAUGCUUCAGGCACCCCACAGCCUGGGGGAGCACCAGAGGGUUUUAGCAGUUUGCCCGGAGGCUUGGCCCACGCCACGCAUUCGUCAAACAAAUCUGACGUCAAGAGGGAAGACAAGGAGGAAGAUGAGAACUCCUCUGUGGCCGAUAAGUCUGAGGAAGAGAAGAAGGAAAGUAAACCGUCUCGCACCAGAACAAGAAAGGAGGUGUUUACCCAUCAAGUCCUUUCAGGUGUAUCAGACCAGGGAGAAGAUCAAGACAAUGAAGAUGAUGAGGAUUUGCCGCCAGAGUUAAAGGUCGAGCGGGAGAAAGAGCGGCGAGUGGCCAACAACGCACGAGAGCGACUGCGUGUGCGUGACAUCAAUGAGGGCUUUAAAGAGUUGGGCCGCAUGUGCCAGCUGCACCUGAGCAACGAUAAACCCCAGACCAAACUGCUCAUCCUGCACCAGGCCGUCAACGUGAUCCUAAACCUGGAGCAACAAGUCCGUGAACGCAACCUGAACCCAAAAGCGGCAUGUCUGAAGCGACGUGAAGAGGAGAAAGUGUCCGGGGUGGCUGGAGACACUCAAAUGCAGCUGUCCGGACCGCAUCCAGGACUGGGAGGAGAUGGACGCAUGUGAUCAUGUGAUCCAGUGAAAUUUCUUGGGGCUCCUGGAAGAAGUGACCUUGAAUCUCUUCCACCGUUCUCAUCCUCUCUCUGUGCAUCCAGUGACUUGGAAAGCAUAUCAUCCACGAAAUCAGAGA